GAAAGCAUUGUCGACCAUUCGAUAAACUAUUGAUGGUCGUGUUACCCGAGAACACGACUUGUUAGGACCAUCGAUAAUUUCGUCGCUAUCCACGAUGAAAGUACUUCUUUGUCUACUUGUUGGUGCAAUAUGCAUCACGGGUGGUUAUCUCUGCGAGGUAAAGACGAGCGUAGGGACUCUGAGCGGUGUACAACAGGUAUCCAGUGAUGGUCAAGUCUACUGGGCCUUCAAUGGUAUACCUUACGCACAACCACCGGUUGGCAUUCUAAGAUUCAAAAGUCCAGUUGCCAAAGUACCAUGGCUAGGUACUCUCAAGGCGGAUAAAGAUCGUAGCGAGUGCAUACAGUACAAGAACGGUGUAAUGGGUUCGGAGGAUUGCCUUUACCUCAACGUUUUCACCCCACAGGUGAAACGUGAUGCUAGGCUGCCCGUCAUGGUCUACAUACACGGUGACACCUACUCGCUCGGUAAUGCCAGCAAAACAACAACUGGGGCUGGAUUCUUGCUCGACAAGCAAAUCGUGCUAGUCACAUUCAAUUAUCGGUUGGGAAUCUUCGGGUUCCUCAGCACCGGAGACCUAGAGGCACCUGGCAAUUACGGGUUAAAGGACCAAGUAAUGGCCCUGAAGUGGGUAAAACAGAACAUUCGUGAAUUUGGCGGAAAUCCAGAAGAUGUUACAAUAUUUGGCGAAAGCUCUGGGGGAGAAUGCGCUCACUUGCACACUUUUUCGCAAGGCUCCAGCAAAUUAUUCAAACGAGCCAUAGCUCAAAGUGGCGUCGCUCUUUGUCCGCGCUCGUUCACCGUCGAUCCAUCCUACUAUGAGAUGCCGAAAAAAGUAGCAGCAAAAUUCAAUUGUCAGACUACCAACUCUCUGCUGAUGAUCAAUUGUCUACGUACUAUAGACGCUGAAAAGUUGGUAGACACGAAUUCCGUGUGGGACGAAUUGUCUAUUCUAACGCAGAAUUUAUGGAGGCCGACGAAGGAACCAGUGGGCCUCGACGCUUUCUUGACUGACUCCCCAUGGAACUUGAUUAGGAAGAAUAAAAUUAACGACUGUCCACUUGUGAUUGGAAAUGUGAAGGACGAGGGGACAUUCUUUACUCGGUGGGUUCAACAGGAUAACAAAUUGUACGAUAAAAUUGUCAAUGAUCCAGUGAAAUUUAUAAUACAUUUGUUGCGUUCUUAUGAGCCAUUGCGAGAGGAAUAUUACAAUACGACUGACAAUACUUACAAUAUAACUGACAUAGCUGUGAAGAUAAAAGAGAAAUACAUGGGUGUCACAUUAUCCAAAGACAAAGAUACUAUCAUCUACCAGCUCACGCAACUCACGUCAGACUAUUUCUACACUUAUCCGACACUACAGCUGCUGGAGAAACUGAAAUCGAUUAAAAAAGAAUUGCUCUUCACUUACAUCUUCGAUUACCACGGAAAAAUCACAAAAUCGCUUAGAUAUAGCGGUGAAUUAGCAAAGACUGGAGUCGCUCACGAAGACGAUCUGUUUUACCUGUUCCCGGAGACCUCGAAGGAAAUUGGACCACAGUACAAUAUUGAGCGCAGCGAGAAUGAUUACAAAAUGGUUGACAUAAUGAUCGACCUGUGGACCAGCUUUGCUAACAGCAGUACACCCGUCUCGUCUCACCUGGACGAUCCGAAAAUUUGGAAGCCGUACAAGCAAGGUGGACACCUCAAGAUUGGAAAUAUUUCUGAAGUAAAAGUAUCGCUCCAGAAGGGCUUCCGUCGCGACAAGAUGCAGUUUUGGUCUGAACACGUGCCAAGAUAUCCCUUAACAUCGUGUCACGGAGAUGACUAAAAUCUCGAGGAUGCAUAGCAAUCAAGGACAAUUGCUGUUUUAUCUAUUACCACUGGCAACUGAAUGAGAUGAAAGAUAUACAUAUUUUUACUACAA